CCUAAUGGAUGCCGGGAAGGAAGGUAAACAAUUUUAUCAUAGAUUUUUCGUAUUAGAAAUUUGUUUAAAAAUUCAAAGUGCCAAAUGGUUUGAAAGAAACUUUCCCCACUACGCAAGUACAGGUAAACUCCAUUUAUUUAUAAUGAAUUUGCAGAAUAAUUAAUUCGAAUGAAUACUCCGCCAACAAUAAAUUCAGUUUCACAACCAAUGGCACCGACGAAAUCAAGUAAAAAUAAGCAACUCAAUAAAUUGGAUAUUCGACCGAAAAAAUUGCUGUACAAUGAUCCGGAUAAUGAGAAUGAUUCUGUUGAAACAUUAGUCAAGGAUUCGAUGGCAAUUGAGGAGAAAUUGAAAAUAUCGGGAAAGAAGGAAGAGAUGAAUGACUUUACAAAGCACAUUGAACAAAAUGAAUUGGAUAAUGAAGCUGAGGGAGAAGGACAAUUUGAACAUUCCUAUAAUUUUCGACGAAGAAAUAAAAAUUCAAAGCAGGAAUUAAAAAAAAAAUCGACGCAGAAGAAAAUUGUGGAUAAGGAAAAUGUUCAAUUAGAAAAUCCCAGCACCAGUGAUUUUAAUUCAAUGGGUUUACCACUAACACCACCAAGUGAAGAAUUAAAUAUGAGAGGAAAAGUUAUUUGGCUUCAAAAACGAAGAGACAUUGGUCUUUGGAUUGAAUGCUGUAAUAAAAAGUGUAAAAAAUGGAGAUACGUCGAAGAAUAUCACGAUCCAACUCAAGUGCCUGAAAAGUGGAUUUGUUCCAUGAAUUCUGAUCAAAAUUUCUCAUCGUGUGACGCUCCUCAGGAUUCGAAUUAUAAUAAAUGCGAAGACGAUCUUAUACUAAAUAAAUAUAAUGCAGGAAGCAUUGUGUGGGGAAAAAUUAACGGUUAUCCAUGGUGGCCAGGAAUUGUCGACGAUUGUCCCGAAACAUUAAAAUAUUAUGAACUCAAAGGUUCAUCCUCAAUUCCGGUAAGGUAUCAUGUUACAUUUUUUGAAAAAGAUGUCUCGCGUUCGUGGCUCACUGAGAAAAGAAUAAAACCUUUGAAAGAAGAUGAUGCAAUACAACCGACAAAAAAACAACAGCUUGUUUUCAAAGGAAAAAAUUAUGCAGAAGACGUGAAAAAAUAUUUGGCACUUGCAAAAUCAGCAUUACCAAUUUCAAUAACAGACAGACUGGAAAAAUUUAGUUUCGUCUCACGUUAUACCGGAAAAAUAAUAACUCCAGUUUCGAGAAGCACACCUCGCAAAAAGACACCAUGCCGCAUUGGAGUAUUCAAAUCGGCGAAGAAACGAAAAUUUCCCACUAAAUCAACAAAUACCGAAAUAUCGCCGGAAAAAGAGAUUAUUAAUUUCGAAAAAUUGGAUUCAAUACCACCUGCCUUGAAAAUAAAAUCGGAAAUUGAUUCGCCUAAAAAUUUCGAUUCCCCUGUGGCUUCUUGUUCGAAGACAAAUUUUCAAAAUGACACGCAAUUACCAUCGACAUCAUCGAAAUCACCUUUGGUUCCUUUUGAGUUUGUAAAACCACUUCCAAAAUUAAAUUUAAAUUCACCUUCUGAAUCGCCAUUAACGAGAAAAAUUACAAACACACCAUCUGGUCCAAUUCUAUUCGAUUCGUCAAAAUUCACAUCACCCACUUCAUUAAUUUCGACACCAAGUAAAAAAAAUUUACCCCUAUUAGAAGAAAGUUCUGAACUUUCUUUUGAAUCAUGUUCCGGGGAAUCAUUUUUAUCGAUAGGUCAACCUGCUUCACUACCAACAGAAUCGGCCGCUGAUUCACCAAUUGAAAAAGAAUUAUCGCAAUUAUCAUUAAAUGCUGAUGACGAAAAGGAAAAUGAUGACAGCGAUGAAAGUCGAAGUUCAUCAUCACCAGUGUGCUGUGGUGGAAAAGAGGUGAAUCGUCUAAUGGUUGAGCUCACAGAACUUUACAAUUCUUUUGAUCCUGCAAAAUUGGCUGAAAUGGAUCUUGAAGAAUUAAAGAAAAGUUGUAAUUUUGAUGAAGAUUCAUCAACCGACUCGGACGAAGAGGAAGAGAGCAAAUGGUUUUAUACUUUUGAAUCAGAUAAUGGAAGUAAUUCCGAUUCAAGUGACAGCGAUGUGCCAUUAUCGAAAACUGGCAAUAAAUCACCGAAAAUCGUCAAAAAAAGAAUUGAGAAUUUUGACGAAUUUUUGGGAAAAGCGUUAGAGGAAAUAAAUAAAACUCGCGUUAAGCCCCCAUCACCACCGCCGGAAGUUAAAGCAAAAUUGAAAAAAUUUCUGUUUCGCCGUUAAAUACAAAAGAAAAUUGCCACCUAUUUCUUUUGUUUUUUAAAUUUUAAUUUAAUUAAUAUUUUUCUAUAAAUUUUAAAAAACUCGUUAAAUCUCCAUCAACACCGAUGGAAGUUGAAGAAUUGAAAACGUUUUUAUUUCGCUGUUAAUUACGAAGGAAAAUUGUAAUAUUUGUAAACAUAUUUUCCUUUUUUUUUAAAUUUUCAAUAUUUUUUUUAUAAAUUUUUG